GCUAGAGGCUUAAGCGAACUAAGAAUACAUUAGGAAAGCUACGCAUCUGAAUUUUGGGUUUAUCUGUAUGUUGAAAUAAGUCCCUGAGUCAAAGAUUUAUGUGGACAUCUUGUGUAGUUAGUCUUCCCGUGAUACCUUGUUGGCCAACAAACGUGACUUCAAUUGGUAGAUAUUAAAAAAAUUGUCUAAACAUAUAUUUUGAUUUAAUGAGAGAACAAUCAAAAUGCAGGCAAUCCCAGGCGAAGCCCAGGAGUUCGGGCUCGGCAAGGCUGGCUAUUACUUGCUGUUGGCAGGCACCGCUGUCAUGUACCAGUUGUUCUUACUUGGUACGAUAGGCACAGUGUUCUACGGCUCGGCGCUGCUCGCCGGCGUCAUCCUGACCGUUCUCAUCCCGAUCACCGGGGUGCUCGCCGUUCUCUUCUUCCACGAGUCGUUCAAUGGCACCAAAGGUGUCUCCCUAGCCCUCGCGGUCUGGGGAUUCGUCUCCUACUUCUAUGGAGAGAUCCAUAGCCAUGCGCAACAGUCCAACAAACCUCCACAUAUAGGGCAAUUGGAUCUUUAAAUAUUCAUCUAUAUUCAUUGUGGUUUUCGUCCUCUAGUUGUUGGGUAGUCCACUUCAGCAAUGACAAGUUUGCUGUGUUGCUGGGUGAAAAUGAAUAAUCGAAAGAGCAAGGUGUGC